AACAUUUCUACUGUUGCCGGGGUUACUGUAUGGAUUUACUGCAGAAGUUAGGGAACGACUUAAACUUUACCUACAGUCUUUAUCAAGUGGAAAGUGGACAGUAUGGCAGUUAUGAAUAUAUCAAUGGCUCAAAGAAGAAGAAUUGGACUGGUAUGAUGGGAGAUGUAGUGUAUGAAAAAGCAGAUAUGAUUGUCGCUCCGCUCACCAUCAAUCCUGAACGAUCUCAAGUUAUUGAGUUUACUAAACCUUUCAAGUAUCAGGGAAUCACAAUACUAGAAAAGAAGCAACCGAAGAGCUCCACUCUUGCAUCUUUUCUUCAACCUUUCGAACAGACACUUUGGAUACUAGUUAUGGUUUCCGUCCAUGUUGUUGCAUUAGCAUUGUACCUAUUGGACAGAUUUAGUCCUUUUGGCCGAUACAAACUUCCCAAUACUGAAGCUACGGAAGAGGAUGCUUUAAAUCUCUCCAGCGCCAUCUGGUUUGCAUGGGGAGUAUUACUCAACAGUGGCAUUGGAGAAGGUACUCCUCGUAGUUUUAGUGCCAGAGUCUUAGGAAUGGUAUGGGCAGGAUUCGCCAUGAUCGUUGUUGCUUCCUAUACUGCCAACUUGGCUGCAUUCCUCGUCUUGGAUCGUCCAGAAACAUCUCUAUCAGGGAUUAACGAUGCUCGGCUACGUAACCCGCUAGAAAACUUUACUUACGCCACAGUAAAAGGAAGUGCAGUCGACAUGUACUUUCGACGACAGGUGGAGCUUUCUAACAUGUACCGAACCAUGGAAGGAAAGAACUAUGACACAGUGGAAGAAGCCAUUGCUGCUGUCAAAUCUGGAGACCUCAACGCUUUUAUUUGGGAUUCCUCUCGACUGGAGUAUGAAGCUGCUCAAGACUGUGAUUUGGUAACAGCAAGAGAACAGUUCGGCCGCUCUGGAUAUGGUAUAGGGUUACAGAAGAACAGCUUCUGGGCUGACCAGGUUACUCUAGCUUUGUUAGAGAUGCAUGAAAGUGGGUACAUGGAGAACUUAGACAACAAAUGGAUAUUAUCUGGAGAUGACAAAUGUGACAAUAAACAUGAGAAGUUUCCUGCUACUCUUGGUUUAAAGAACAUGGCGGGUGUUUUUAUUUUAGUUGGCGCAGGAAUAGUUGGAGGAAUAGGUCUCAUCAUCAUCGAGAUAAUUUACAAAAAGCAUCAGACUCGCAAACAGCGCAGAAUGGAAUUAGCUCGCCAUGCUGCUGACAAGUGGAGAGGGACUGUAGAGAAACGUAAGACGCUUCGUGCAACACUACGUGCUCAAAAACGACUCAAAGCCAAUGGCAUGGAAGCUUUUACCAUAGAAAAAGGGAUGCUGGGAUAUUCUGGAGGUUUUCCUCUCCAUGGAGCUAUUGCGUCCAUCAGUUCUCAUAUUGAUCCUCUACCGCCGCCACCCCCACCUCGAGCCUUGCAACACAAGGACACGCCUUCCACGUCACCUACACCGAUGGGUUCCGUUAUAGACCCUGACUUCCAUAGCAUUCCUCCACCGCCCCCACCACCUUCUGCCUCCCCUAUGGUAAGAAUGCGAGGUUCCAAGAUGGUCUAUUUGGUGCAUGGAGAUCAGCCAUUCGUGAGAAAGAACAAUUCCUACGAUAUUCCGGUGUAAUUAGAAACGAAAAAAAAAAGUUUUUGGAAGCUACUCAUAUUAUCUUGAGUCGUGGAAGUGAAAUCCUUUUUGCAGGAAACAGACGUCAAGAAAAUUCAUUAGAGAUGCCAGAACACCACUUCCAAUGUCACAUUUGCAAAAAUCGUCAACUAGAUUAUAGGCAUUAGAUGCUAGUGGCGUGUGUUUUGUUUGCUGCUGUAGUUGCUGUAGAAAUCAUAUAUCGCAAAGACAGUCCUCCGGUUAAAGCUGUCGUGGGUCGUACUUUCUGCUCAUAUGGGAUUCUCAAACCAGUGUAGGCGGAAAAUGCACAAGUUUGGAUUAUAACUAAAAUACCACGAGUCUUGUGCCAAACACACACGGGUAGAAUUAGAAUUAUAUACUAGUUGAUAUCAUACGAAAAUAGUUAUUUUGUAGAUACGUUGUUUAUUGUCUCGUCCAGUAACUGACUAACUCCUGCAAGAUUAUUAGCUAAUAGAUCUCCUGAAACGUAUGUCUAAAUGGGUGUUUUCUGUCAUAAAAGUGGUAGUCGCUUGUUCGUGAUCUCGCCACUUAACAUUAAAAUAUUCAGAUAAAAUAAAAUGCUUUAUUGGAUUUAA